GUUGUUUGCAACGUUCCAGUGAUUGCGGCUGGAAUGCACAAGGCUUGCAGAGCUAAGACGCCGUGGCUGAACAUACAUGAUCUCCUGAGCCCCGACCCGCGCCACCUCAAGAGCGAUGGCAGACUUCUCCCGACAUCUUGCACUGAAAAUAGUCUUUGCUGCCCUCAGUAUGGCGCGGACGAUUGCACUUCCUUUCAGCACACGGUUCAGCUCUUUGAAAGAUCAUGGAGUUGCCAGCGAUAGCAUCCGCCGUGGGUGCAGUACUUGGCCAAGGACACAAACUGGUUGAUCUCAUCAUCACCUUGAAGUAUGCAAGAAGCGACAUUGAAGAUCGCGCCAUCAAGAUCGAGUCGUAUUGGCGUCGGACUCAGGUUCAGCUCGACUUCGCACAGUCCACCUGGUCGGGGCUUCGAGAAGAGCACCAAGCUUCGCAGCUAUCUAUUCUGUCCCUGUUGCAGAGCAAAAUCAAGACCGCAGAACGGCGAGUUGAAGGACUGCUGAAAAAGCAGAAGGACGGCCAUUGUAAUCCUGACUCCCGGCGGAAAAUAAAGCUCACCAAAUAUCUCCUGGUCAAGCCCUACCUGGACAGUCUGAUAGACGAACUAGCCGAAUGGUCUGCAGUGUACGAUCCUUCUUGGUUCUUGAUCAUGAAGAUUGCAAACCCCAAGAUUGACGAUGAGCUGAAAAGGUUGACAUCCGCAAGCUCAAAGGAAGCCACCGUCCUGCUGCGCAGGGCAACCAAAGUCCGCGCUGCUAUCAGUAAAUUUGAGCCAUCUGACACGCACAUCUUCUUGUCGCCAAACGAACUUGAAAAGAUGGAUACAAGGCGUGUACCACAUUCGCAAGCAAUGAUUGCCCAUGAGCAAGGUUCCUCUACUUCGUACAUCGUGGACUCGAUACCAUGUCCAGGUCACUCAAAUACCGAAACCAUGACGCAAGACAUUCGACGCCUGGCUAGAAAGCUUCGCGCGGUAGACCCAGCUGUCUUUGGAGUUCUACGCUGUCGCGGAGUCGUCAAAAUGCGCCAUGUCACAGGCAGCCGCGUUGCCUCUUUCGACAUGAUAUUCGAUACUCCAUCACCCGGCACACCAAUGAGUCUACGAAAUUGCUUGCUCAUGCAGCAGCCACAUUCCUUGACAGACCGCUUCUCACUCGCCAAACGAAUCGCGACCUCAGUGAACUACGUUCACACCCUAGCCUUCGUGCACAAAGGCAUCCGACCCGAAAACUUCAUCAGCUUCCUCAACCCCACUGCAGAAGACGACCUCACCCUCGACUCCUUCUACCUCAUCGGCUUCGAACAAGUCCGAAGCGAAGAUGGAAACACCUACCUUCGCGGCUCAGCAAACUGGGAACAAAACAUGUAUCGCCACCCCGAAAGACAAGGCUCUUUCCCGGAGGAGCGAUACAAAAUGCAACACGAUAUCUACAGUCUCGGCGUCUGCUUGCUUGAAAUUGGUCUUUGGAAUUCAUUCGUGAUGUAUGACAAUAACGGAAGGAUCUCCGGCCCUGGACGAGCGUUCGAGGUCAGCGCUAGUGAUCUACUUCGUUUUACACCUGGUGCAUUCAAAGAUCUCCUCGUGGGCCUUGCGAAGCGUCGCUUGCCGCCGAUUAUGGGAAACACGUAUACUGAGGUUGUUGUGGAUUGUCUUACUUGUUUGGAUGCUGAUAAUGAUGAGUAUGAAGAGAUCAGUGAGGCUGAAGAUCAGGAUGGAGUUGUCGUGGGUGUGAAGUUCAUUAAUCAGGUUCUUUUGCAACUCAACGAGAUCUCGGUAUAG